UCAAAACAAACAAAAUGAGUCAGAGAUGAGAAAUAGCCAAGUAUAUUUAAAUAUGACCUAAAAUAUCAGAUGCGCUAAUAAAUUCCAUAGUGCAAAAAUGGCAGCAGGUGGCACAAGUUUUGCGAUUGACUUCGAAAGUAAGAGUGACAAUACUCAAAAACGCAGAAUUCCAAGAAAAUCUGCUAAGUCACUUGUUCAGGUUUUAAAACAAAAAUACUGCACGAAUCAUGACAUUCAAACAAAAGGUGUCACCAUUGUUUUCCAUGGCAAGCCAAAAUCAGCUGGGGAAGCAGAACUCGAUUAUCUUCGGAAUAUGUGUCUUAGUGAAUGUGGGAUCAGGACCUCGGGGCUGGAAGCACAAAGCCUGAAGUCACUCUGUCCAAAUGUAGUCGACUUGGAUCUGGCUGGUAACCUGAUUGAAUCUUGGGCAGAGAUUUUGCCUGUGCUGUCAGAGCUAGAAAACUUGAAAUUUCUCAACUUGGCUCGAAACAAGAUCACCAAGGAACAAGAGGCCCUAAUGACUUGGUCCAAGAGACUUCCAGCCGUGGAGAAUGUGGUGUUGAACAGUACAGGGGCAAACUGGCAGGCUGUGUUGACACUAGCAUGCAUGUUGGACAGUCUGCAAGAACUGCAUAUAUGUGGAAAUGACUACACCCAGCUCCCUGAUGCAGGGUUUAAGGGUCUUGAGAGUGUCUACUGCCUUCGGAUGAACGAUAACAGCAUUCAAAGCUGGGAAGAAAUCUGGAAGCUCAGACAUUUACCAAACCUGAAAUACUUAAUACUGUCUGGCAAUCCCUUAACUGAUAUAUACUACCAUGAGGAUGACCUUGCUGGUCAAGGUCAAAAUGAAGGAAGUAAUACAGAUGAUGGCGUUGUUGGUAAAUGUAAAGUCAAAGAAGAAACUAUAAUUGCUGGUCAAGGUCAAAAUAAGGAUGGUGACCUAGACACUGUCAAAAAUGAUCAACAGAAGGACAACAGUCUUGAGAAUGACCUUGAUAGCCAAGGUCAAAACAAGGAUAGUAACAUUUGCACUGUCACUGAUGAUCAGAAAAAAGAACACCAUUCUAAACAUGACCUUGACACAAAGGGUCAAGGCAAUAGUGAAAACAUUGACCUCGAAGCUGAAUCAAAAGAAAUCAAUUCAACCUUUGACUGUGAUACUGUCAAGAAGGCAAAACUUUUUACAUGUGAUUCUCAAGCUAAAAGCUGUGAUACUCAAAUUGCUGUAAAUGAAUUUGUUAAAAUUAAUGGGCAAGAAAUAUUUCAGCCAUGUGAUGUACUAGAAAAUGCUGAAAGUCAGUCUAAAGAUGCAGUUAUUAUGGAUGAUCUUCAGUCGGAUGAAAGAGGUCUUAACAAUCAGAAAAACAAUGAUAUUAAAGAUGAAGUAACCAAAACUAAGAUGGAAACAAGGCCUGAAGCAACUAUGAAAAGCAAUAAUGAUAUAAUACAUGAAAGUACACAACUCAUGUUUGAUCAACAAAGUAGUUUUCCUGAAACGAUGGACAAGGGUAAUGAAUCAAAGGUUGAUGUAGAAGCUGGGCAUCAGGAACAAAGUGGUACUUAUGAAAGUAAUGACGCAGAUGAAGGAAAGCAAUCCAUAGAAAACAAUGAAACAAGCCAAAGUGUGCGAGAAAGAGCAGAGGCAAUAGAAAAACCAUUUCAAGCCUUAGAAACACUCUGUUUGAGUGAUACUCACAUUAAGAAGUGGAAACACCUGGAUGCCUUGAAGGCGUUCCCUUCUUUGUCUUCAGUCAGGAUAAAGAACAUUCAGCUUGCCUCUAAACUGAGUGCAGAGGACAGGAGAAACAUGUUUAUUGCAUGCCUUCCGAGGAUCCGUAACUUGAACGGGAGUGAGAUAUCGGACACAGAGAGGGAGCGGGCGGAGCGUCACUUGGUCAGAUGCUUCUCAGAGAAGAAAUACAAGCCGCCCAUAUACGCUACACUGGAGAAAAAAUAUGGUAAACUUACGCCCUUGGUCGACAUAGACAUCAGCAAGGGAUACAAGGAGCAUGUGACCUUGACCUUCCAUCAGAAUUCGGAGGUUGUUUUCACAGAAACUGUCAGUGUCAAAGAACACACUGGCAGUCUGAGAAACAUGAUUGGCAAAAAAAUCGGACUUGUGAAAGGCAAGCAGAGCCUGAAGAUGUUUCACCACUAUACAAGUCCACAGCACCAGAUGGACAGAGUUGACGACCCUUUUGAACAGAUACCCAUAAGCGCCCUCCCUCUAAGCAGAUAUGAUGUUUUAGAUGGCGAUGAAAUCCAUUUUGAGGUUGUUGCAGACGCACCCACCAUACGUUUUGCAUGAGUCUGCCUGACAAGUUUACUUACAACCACAGACAUGUUACUGGACUAGGGGAAAGGUUUUCCAGACAAAGGGGACCAGAUAUUUCACUUUUGAAUUAUAACAGUGUUAAAAAAUAUGCCAGUUGUUGUGGUCCCUUGUUAUGAUUUGAUAUGUAAGGCGGCAUAUGAUGACAACACUAUGAAAUUUUGAUAAACCAAAGUCUAUAUAUAUAUUCACUAUUUAAAUGUCUUCAGUCUCAGUUUGAGGUUGGACUCAGAAAAAUAUUUUUUGAGUAGUACAAUAUUUCUUUAAUAUAGCUCUAUUUGUCAAAAGAUACAUAUAUAGUUGUAAACCAUGUAAUUUGACCUAUAGAUGUAAAACAUUUUCAAUACCAAUGCUUACUAGAGGCAAUAUUACAGUUAUUGAUAAGAAUUCAAAUUUGCUGUUUUGAGUCUUAAACUGUUUGAUAGUAGUUGUUAUACAUUGUUUAUUGUGAUAUGAGGCUGGACAAGAACAAUUUAUCAUUAUUUCACACUUGAAUAUUCUGUGUGUGAUUUUUAUGCCAUUUCUUUUCUCAUUGCUGAAGGUUUGUUUCUGCUUCCUCAUUGAUUUGCUCAUAAUUAUUUUUGCAAAAAUCAAUGUCAUGACUCACUGAAACAAGUUCAAUGAAAUAUAUUGAACAUGAUAAAUGUCUAAAUAUAAAUCCCCAUAUUUCAAACUCACGGUGAUCAAUAUGAUUACAUUCUGGAGAAAAUUUUACAUUUCUACAUGCAUGCAACCAAGUACAAGCUAUAUGAAUGUUACAUUAGUACUUUGUUAAAGUGAAACUCUUAUUCAAAAUCAAUACAAUACAAGUUUCAGAUUUUGAGGUAGUAAGAUUUAUUAUAUCAUAGAUGACGUUGCUAGAAUGAAAUAACGUCAUAACAUGUACAAACUUUUGAUUUAUAAUUGGUGUCAAAACUUUAAAUGUGGAAUCAUAUAUUAAUAUGGUUUAAUGUGCGCUUUAUGAAGCGCCAUUUCAUUUAAUAAGCGUUGUAAAUUAUAAAGUUAGUAUUUAUAAUGUAACACAAGAGCGGUCAUUCAAAACAAAAUUGAUUACAUUAAAAAAAAAAAAUUGAUAAAAGCUCUGAGAGGAUAAUUUAAUCCAUUUUAAGAAACUUGUUUACUGAAUUCUGUAGUGUUGGGAAUCGGACAUAAAAGAUACUAUCGAUAACCGGUUUAUGAAACCGAUCAAUGAUCGAUUAUUAAUUGGUUGAAUCAGCAUUUGGUCAGUAUAUGCACCAGUUCUAAGUACCAAUGUUCCCUUACAAUAUUGUUUGUACAUUUCUUUGUAAAAUUACAUUUUUUUAUUCAGAAAGUGAUCUUUUGUGUUUACAAGUUACUAAUAAGUUAAAUUAUAAUGAAAAUUUGUCAUAAGAUACUGUAGUGACUUACUGACUUGAUCAGAAUAUGACAAGAUAACUUAACAUAGUAACAUAUUAACAUUUCAACAUUAACUUGCAAUAAACAGAAAAAGAAAAUUAGUAGCGGUUGCCUUGUUUCUAUAAUCGAUUGUUCAAAUUUCACUAUGGAUUGUCGCUGACGUAGGCCUUUCCGAUCAAUUGUCGAUUAUAAUCGAUCAUCGGCACAACACUAAAAUUCUGUAUUGAAUGGCCACUCAUGUAAAAGCCCCUCUUUAUUUUGGACCAUUUUUCAUCAACAUUUACAUCCUUGAUAUUGGCCCUGAAAAAUUUGCUGUGUCAUUGUUGUUUAUAUUAAUUUGCGUUGUGAUUUCUGUGAGGCAUUUAUGACAUAAUGAAAUUGUGAUAUAUUUGGCCGAGUGUUCAGAACUUUGUUAAAGUUAACAACGUUUUUAACCUCAUCGUUGUCAACUUUCAAAUCUCUUCUGCUAUUGAAGUUGAAUGGAUAUUCUUGCGAUCUGCCUCAUUUCUCACAAUAUUUGAGACAACUGUUUCAUCUGAACUUGUUUAUAUUUAAAUAUAUUGGCACACUAUCUAAUAUUUCACGUUUAAGAGUUAACAAGUGGUUAAUCACAAUGUUAACUUUUACAAAGUUCUGAACAAUCAGCCAAUUGUUUUCUACUUAUAACACCAUUUCUGGUGGUCUUUCAUGCUCCAGAAACGUAAAUGUUACAGCAGGCAUUUGAAGAUUAAGGCGGAGUUAACACCGCCACUAUUCAAUGCUUCAAAGUAUUGAAAUGCUAAAAUAUUUUGCAAACAGUUGUAAUGUACAUGCAUGACCAUGUUUCAGCAGUAGACUUUUUUAAAUAGAAGUAUAUGUACAUCUUUUAGCAUGGGGUUUGAUAAUUUCCUUGGACAUAAAGAUUCCAUCACUGUUUUCAUGAUGUAGCAGAAAUAUAAGUUGAGAAAUAAAGCCUUAAAAAUGUU